CCAUCACUCUGGACUGUCAAGACCUGAGAGAACUGACACGAUCAGGGGUGAAAUCUUAAGAAACAGGGAUGAAUGUGACUGAUCUACUGUAUCUUUGAUUGGUUUGAGAUUCUGUUUGACAGCUACUUAACACUGCAGACUUUCUGAUCCCAAGACCCAACUAAUUUCUGCAAUUCUCCAGCUGUGAUCCUUGGAGAUUCUUUGGCCACUUGAACCAUCCUCCUCACUACUUCAAUCCUGAUUGGAUGCUUUUUUCAAAAUGACAGCAGAAGACUCCGCCUCUGCCAUUGCUAUGAAUAACUCUAGCCCUUCCUCCACUUCUAAGGCCUCCUCAGGGCAUCCUCAACAUCACAGCUCCAUCCCAGAGGGUGUGGCUGGGGCCCCCAACGAAGCUGCACUUUUGUCACUGAUGGAGCGGACUGGCUAUGGAAUGGUGCAAGAAAAUGGACAGCGCAAAUAUGGCCCGCCACCUGGCUGGCAAGGCCCUGCUCCCCAACGUGGCUGUGAAAUCUUUGUUGGUAAAAUCCCACGUGACGUCUACGAGGAUGAGCUGGUGCCAAUAUUUGAGAGUGUAGGACGGAUCUAUGAGAUGCGCCUGAUGAUGGAUUUUGAUGGGAAGAACCGCGGUUAUGCAUUUGUUAUGUACACUCAGAAGCACGAGGCUAAGCGAGCUGUUCGAGAACUCAAUAACUACGAAAUUCGUCCAGGAAGGUUGCUAGGUGUUUGCUGUAGUGUAGAUAACUGCCGCCUCUUCAUUGGUGGAAUUCCCAAAACCAAGAAGCGUGAGGAGAUCCUGGAGGAAGUUUCCAAGGUGACUGAGGGGGUGCUGGAUGUGAUCGUGUACGCGAGUGCAGCGGAUAAGAUGAAGAAUCGUGGCUUUGCCUUUGUAGAGUAUGAGUCUCAUCGUGCUGCUGCUAUGGCCAGAAGAAAGCUCAUGCCAGGACGAAUUCAGCUCUGGGGACACCAGAUUGCAGUUGACUGGGCUGAACCUGAGAUUGACGUUGACGAGGACGUCAUGGAAACAGUGAAGAUUCUAUAUGUGCGGAACCUGAUGAUAGAGACCAGCGAGGAGACUCUGCGCCAAACCUUUGGCCAGUUUAGCCCUGGCUGCGUAGAACGUGUCAAGAAAAUCCGAGACUACGCCUUUGUUCACUUUGCCAGUCGAGAUGAUGCUGUGGUUGCAAUGGACAACCUGAACGGCACAGAGAUCGAAGGUUCUCUUAUUGAAGUGACCCUGGCCAAGCCUGUGGAUAAGGAGCAGUACACUCGUUAUCAGAAGGCAUCUAAGGGAACAGCAGCUGUGACAACUACUGACAACACCCAACAAAGUUACGUGUAUCAAUGUGACCCAUAUACACUCGCCUAUUACAGCUAUCCCUACAACACACUCAUUGGACCCAACCGAGACUACUUCAUCAAAGCAGGUACUGUAAGAGGCCGUGGUCGUGCUGGGGCUGGUAACAGGGGCCCAGGGCCCCGUGGCUCAUACCUUGGUGGCUAUUCAGCUGGCCGAGGCAUUUACAGCCGCUACCAUGAAGGAAAGACCAAACUGCCGGACAAACCUUACGAGAUCAUGACCAAUUUAGAGCUGGCAGCUGUGAACCCAGUCGGCAUGAAGCCUGGCACAAUGGUUCUUCCAGCUCUUGGUGCCCAAUACCCAACAACUGUGUUCUCUACUGGCCCAGCAAAGUUCAUGGAGGAAGGAAAGAUGCAUCCCAUGGAGCAUCUGAUAAACCCCCUGGCCCUUCAGCACGACCCCAAUGCAGCCCAGGCCACUGCGGCUGUCAUACCUGCAGUCUCCACACCACCCCCUUUCCAGGGUCGUCCUAUAACACCAAUCUAUGCCAUGGCUCAUAAUGUUCAGAGGAUCCCAGCAGCUGCCAGUCUGUAUGGGGCUGGGUACAUGCCUAUAGCUGCCCAUGCCAACACCGCCACUCUGGCAGCACUACAGAAGAAUGCUGCCGUGGCAGCUGCAGCCUAUGGAGGAUACGCCGGAUACAUGCCUCAGGCCUUCCCUGCCACCUUCCAGAUGCCCAUUCAUGAUGUAUACCAGACCUACUGAGAUAUCAUCAAUCAAAAUGACCUGUAUUUACACACCAGCACAGACCAGCAGACCUUCAUGCUACAUCUAUGAGGUCUGCUGGCUAACUGAACCACAUUGAGUGAAAUUGACAUACAGUAGCAACAUAAAAACAAACACUUUCUGACUCGUGUCUAGCUCCCUGGAUGCCUUUAGAUUUCUGCACAAGGUAAUGCUGGCAGCAAGGAUGUAGACCACUUUUCACUGAUCCCACUCAUAGACUCCAUGACAUUAAUCAAACUUCCUGGCCGAAGGUUAGGAAUCUAGACAUGUGACCUAGACUUCUAAUCUACUGAUUUUGUCCAAAACCACUUGUAUAUGCUACUGAUGAGCUUAUCAAGAUGCCCCAUACCCUAUUUUCAUCUCUGGCUGAGGUGGACCUUUGUUCCCUUUGUGUUAUAUAUCUAUGUGGACACAAACCCCUGCAGUGUGACCAGAACCCCAGCCACUUUUCCCUUUAGACCAAUGAGAAAUUUCUGUAAUCUGUCAUGGAGAUGUUCACCAGACUUAGUUUGAUUUCAAAGCCAUCACACAACUUAACGAAUGGCAAAUCAAUCCCGUCUUCUCUCAUAGUUCCCACUCAAAUCCCCUCAAGAGGCAUGUGACCUGAUUGCAUGUUUUAUGAUUCUACAGAUGUCUUUAACAACCCUGUUUAUUAGUUUUGGUCUACUGUGUACUGGAUACAGCGGUGGAUUGACUCCGGGUGAUAUGUUAGUGCGUUUAUAUGAAGAAAUUUAGCAUUUAAGACUUGCAGGAUCACACUUAUUGACAUAUUACUGUCUUCCGCACACACCCAGUGGAUAGCCAUUAGCCAGAGUAUUUCUGUCCCUUUAGGACCACUGUACACCAAACACUCCUAAUACCACUCCUGUGCCUUCACGGCACAAGAAUACUGAAGCAAUGUUGUAGUAUUUGUGGUCUUGGAGUGAGCAUAUUUAAAGCCUCUCCUUGCUUAAAUACUUUUGUUUUGUGAAAAAAAAAAAUAUGUAAAACUAUAAAAAAAUAAAUAAAUAAAAAAAAAUUCAACAACUGCUGAGCAGGAGCUUCAACAACCACAGAAGUAGAAGAUUUAAAGUGUUUCCUGAAAAUGUUGUGUUUUGAGUUAAUGACAUAUACAUAUAAAAUGUUUUGUGUUUUGAAAAUGUCGGAAUUUUCCGUCCACUGGGUGGCCCGCCUGCGAGUCUAGAUGAUAAUAUUUGCAUUCAUUUUAUCUCCUUUACUGUUUUUGACAUUUGUUUGCUUUUGCUAUUUUAUAUUUAGAUUAUUAUAAGAUUUUAAUAUUUAGUUGUUUUUUAGUUGUGUUUGUUGUCUGGAAGAUUUUUUCUUUUUUAACUAUAAGAUAAAGAUUUAUAGGGAUAGUUCACCCAAAAAUGAAAGUUCUCUCAUCAUUACUCACCCUCAUGAUAUCCCAGAUGUGUAUGACUUUCGCUCUUCAGCAGAACACAGACAAAGAUUUGUAGGAGAAUAUUUCAUCUCUGUAGGUCUUCACAAUGCAAGUGAAUGGGUGCCAACAUUUUGAAGCAUCAAAAAGCAUAUAAAGGGCAGCAUGAAAGUAAUCCAUAAGACUCCAGCAGUUCAUUGUAUAUCUUCUGAAGUGAUAUGAUAGGUGUGGGUGAGAAACAGAUCAAUAUUUAAGACAUUUUUGUCAUAAAUUCUCCUCCCAGUCCAGUAGGUGGCGAUAUGCACGAAGAAUGUGAAUCGCCAAAAACAAAAGAAGAAGAAUGUGAAAGUGGAGAUUGAUAGUAAAACAUUGAUCUGUUUCUCAAUCACACUUCUGAAGAUAUGUACUUAACCACUGGAGUCGUAUGGAUUACUUUUAUGCUGCCCUUUAUGUGCUUUUGAAGAUUCAAAAAUUGGGUACCCAUUCAUUUGCAUUGUAUGGACUACAGAGCUGAGAUAUUCUUCUAAAAAUCUUUAUUUGUGUUCUGCAGAAGAAAGAAAGUUGUACACAUCUGGGAUGGUAUGAAGGUGAGUAAAUGAUGAGAGAAAUUUUUUUGGGGUGAACUAUUUCUUUAAACAAGAACCAAACAAUGACUAGGUUUUUUCUGUUUUAAAAGCAAUUGUUCUUUCCACAACAGAGGAAUGAGCCUCAGUGUUUACAUUCUCAGAGGCAAAAUGCAUUUUAUAUAAGUUAGUUUUGAGAGUAUUCAAAAACCUAUACUGGACGACAGUUGUUGGGUGAUAAUAUAUUUUAAAUGCACAAACCGGACGGAUAAAAAAUAGCUGGGUUGAAGAUGCAGUAUAGCAUAAUUUACAAUGAAGUAUAUCUGCUGACUGAUAUUGGCUGUGCUGGUGGUUUGUAGGUAAUGACCAAACUGUGCAUUAAGCAGCCUUUAGUUCUGUGUUUCCUAGCUACUGGCACUUUAAUGUAUCACUAUCCAGUCCUGUAAACGUAGUCUCCUUAAUAUUCCCUUUUGUGCCAAUAAUACAAAUUACACUUGAAAUACUGUCCAAUUUACAAAGGAACUAGUGCUGUUCAUGUUGUUCAUUAACGUGGUCCUGAGAUGCAGGCCAAGUAAACAAUUUUGUUCACCUAAUUCCUCCUAUAGAUGCCUGGAAACUCAGUCGACAGUCCAUUCUGUUGUGUAGUUUGCUUCUUUAGUAGUUCUAUCCCUGCAUUUUUGGAGAUCACACUCCAAGUGGUACUCAGACUGUACUGAGGUGCACUUAAACAUGUUUAGUGUGACCCAAAGUAAUAAACAGGCACUUUUGUCAUUUUAGGGGUAUUAUAAUUGGAAUGUACUGGACCAAAAUGAAACCAGGGAGCUCAGAGAACCUCUGUUAAAAUCCUCAUUGCUUUUCAAUGUCUGCUGUAUGUCAUAUGAAUGUCCUCCUGAAGACUGCUGUAUGCUACCAUCGCCUUCUGUAGGGCUGCGUAUGUCACAUCUGUGCCUUUAUUCAGACUGCUGUCUGACAAGUGACCUCUAAAAACACUGUUUUGUCAUCUUUUUUUUUUCAUUCCUUUUCUUUCAGAAAGUUUUUUUUUCCUUCUAUUUAUGUUAUACCGUUGUGUCAGUUGUUCUGGGGGCUCUGAGUGUUAGAGUUUUGCUGCUUUAUUUGGUAUUUUGCUUUCAUUGAGUUGAUGUUAAGUACAGCCUGUGUUUAGAAGAGACUGAGUGAAACUUUUUGGGGGGGGAAAUCUCAAGAUACACAACCAAACAACAACAAAAAAGACAAUCCACGGAGUUCACAUCUUACAGGUUACACACCAUGUAAGCUUAUGUGAGAGCCACACACAUUUUCACAACCUGCCAAUAUCACUGAGGACAGUGACUCUGAGUCACUCCACAUUUUGUGUGUGUGUGGUCAUGCCUUUAUGUUAAAGUGAACCAUCCGUUCUCUCUAUUAAAAUCUUUUAUUAUGAGCAAAACAGUCAGGAUAUAUUUAAUAUAUACAGUACAUUAUUUUUGUGUAUGAAGUACGAGAAUAUGCUAUAAUAUAUUUUAAGACUCUUUUUCCAUCUUUAUAUGUGCUUUGUUUAGAGUUAAACAACUACAAAACAUGUUUUUUUUGGUUUGUAUUUUUUUUGGCCAGUGUUCAAUGAGGUGUAAUCUAAUGUAAGAGAGAGAGUGUGUGUGUCUGUGUGGGGGCAGGUUUGGGUGGUAUACGAUGACAGUUUUUUAGGUUACAAACUGGUAAUUACAAGGGUAUUAUGCUAUAAAUGUGGUUUAUGAGGACAUUUCUAGUGUCCCCAUAAUUCAAAUCGCUUAAAAAACAUACUAAACUAUGUUUUUUUCAAAAUGUAAAAAUGCAGAAUGUUGUUUGUGAGGGUUAGGUUUAGGGGUAGGGUUAGGGUUAGGGUUAGGGGAUAGAAUCUAUAGUUCGUACAGUAUAAAAAUCAUUGUCUAUGGAGAGUCCUCAUAAGGAUAGCCACACCAACAUGUGUGUGUGUGUGUGUGUGUGUGUGUGUGUGUGUGUGUUAAAAACACCAGUCAUGGAUAUAUUAAAGUGGAUAAAACUCGCCAUUUUGGAGUCAACGCUGGCCCAAAUUGACCAUGCAUUCAUUGGCAAAACAUGGUUCUUUUUUGUGAUCAUUUCAUAAACACUACAUGUGUAGCGUUUUGGUUUUCCUUUUUAUGACUUGUUUCUUGUUACUAAAAAAAUAAACGAACAAGACAAUGUGACCUCGGCUGAGGACAUUUAGAUAAUGUAGAAUGUUAUUGCCAAAAUAUUCUUAUCUUUCCUUUUUUUAGAUCUUCAUAGACUGUUUUCUAUCUUCCAUUGCUUGUUUAAGGCUUUUUGGCAUUGUUGUAUUUAUAGCAGUAGUUUAAUAAAGCAUUUUCAAAAAGAAGAGUAAAA